ACACCCCACGGACAGCCAUGCGCAGUUCCGAUGUCCACAUGCGCAUUGCAAACGAAGACAAUGCUUCACACCGUUCCAGACACGCCAACCCAACUGCUGCGACUAGCCAUCAAACAUGAGGAACCCAGGACUCAGCUCCCUUCGAAACUAAAGCGAGCCUCGCUUUGCGGCCUCGGGAAUUUCAACAAGCCCUUUACAAUCAGGCCGCACUCUGAAUUCCCAAACACUGAGCCCGUCACCUUCAAGCCUAUCCGUGUAGUUGGGCGCUCUCAACUGCCGCUUACAUUCCUCGAUGCGUCCGCCGACGACAACUUCGCUUCACAUAGCCUCUUCGCCGCUCACAUAGACAUUCUAGAGGAUGAAGAGACGGACAAGGACGAGGGCGAGACCCUCAGAGUGCUGAUUGCGCAGCUCGAGGCGAAGAAGACGUUGUAUGCCAUAGAGCGGGUACAAGCACGCAUCUACAGUAUAUCCAAACUGGCAAGCUGGCUGAAAGAGAAAGAUGUCGCAGAUCUAUGGGAUCCCGGAAACAUACACAGACUGCCGAUUAGGGCCAAGCCGGAUACAAAUACAGACGCCCCCGGCGAGUGGUGGCAAUGUGCUGCAGUAGAGACGCAGGCUACGGAGCUAUUACUGCGCCGUACACGAAUGGGUAUGCUUCGACCAAAGCUGCCGCAAGCACAUAUUACCCUGGAUUCUCAACAACUGGAAGAUGUCCCAGCACCACAGGAUACCGAAAGCCUAGACACUGUGCCAACAGAGCCCUCGUUUGAGCCACCGCCAGUCUUACCGUCACCACAAGAGCAGCUCGAGUUGCUGAUUAGCCAAUAUCUUGAUGCCGUGUACAUGUCAAAAACAUCUCUGGCAUAUUUUGCAAAGGGACCUCUGACUCGAGCACGCAAUGCCUUCACUUUGGCUGAAGAAGGGGCUCCUCCCACACACGAGCUUAUUGCAUCUUUACGUGCAAUGCUGCUCAGCCCAAAGGCUAGUGAAAAGAAGUACUAUGAAAAACUACCCGCGUUGAUCAAAGCCAUGUCACCGGGAAGUACUUCAGACGACGAGCCUAGCGCUGGGGCCGGUAAAACAAAAAAGUCAAAGAAGAAGGCGAGACUUGGUCGCGAGGGCGUAUACCCACAAGAAGAGGCACUUGUCAAAAAGUGGUGGCGGUCGGAGUUGCCUGGUGGUGAGGCCAUGGCUGCAGAGACGAUGGACCAGCGUAUCAAGAGGCGCAUUGGUGAUUUACGAGUUCGCGAGACACUGGCGCAACUGAUGCUCAUGCUUGAGAUUAUCGCGCUCGAGGCCAUGUCCACAAGCACCAAUGCUCUUGGCCAAGAUGGUGCAAAAGAAGAAAGCCAAGAUCACAACGAGCAGCCCGUGCCGAAGAAGCGGAAGAAGAAACUCGACGAUAUCAACGUCCAGCUUGAUUUGCUGCUGGACAAGCUCUGCAUAUGGCAUGCUACUGAGGAAAUGGGCAUACUGGAGUUUGACGCCAAGCCAUCGCAGCAGAAUGAGGGCUCGGACGGGACUGGCCGCAACGGGUCAAGCGAUCGCCUGCACAGCUUCUGUGUCGAAGUGAUAAUACCUUUCUACAUCAACCGCCUUCCCGAACAGGCGGUAAUGGUCAACAAAAAGCUCGGUGGACCAGCGCACAGCUUGCCGGCCAAGCGAAAGGCAAACAAGCCACCCUCUACCUCACGCAGAUUAAAAGACUCCAAGGAACCUGAAACGAAGAAGCCGCGGCGCUCGCUAGUACGAGUAGCCACCGACAACACCGGAAGGACGGUUGAGCGGACAACGCCAUCUCUGAACCGAUCGGCUACUGACUCGGUGAUAGUAGAGGGGAUCAAAAGAGAAGGAAGCGAGACACCACUGUCGGCUAUACCUUUUCGACGCAGCCCGUCCAAGGGUGCAAGGCAGUCGAUGUCGCAGAUUCGACAUUUGCAGGGGCGUCAAAUCGAUCUGGCUCAACCUUCGGCGGCUGCAUCAGCAAAGAUGAAGCAGAAACAGCGAGUAGAAGAAGAUUUGCAAGAGGCAAUACUAGCGCUUAAGAAGCCCAACCGAGGGCUAGCAGCUGGCAGCUAUGUGAGCGACCGGGAGCAACGUGGUCUCGGGUUGCCCAGCAAAUCGCGGAAACCGGCAGUUACGGUUCGAAAGACGAUCAAGGAGGUGCAGGUAACGGCCACGCCACGGGCAGGCCGCAAGACGAAGAACAUGGUUGAGCAAACGCCUGUGCAACAGCACUAUGACCCGUUUGUCAGGUCGCCGGGGGAGGGAGCGCCUCCAUCGAGCGGGUUCUGCGUACCCUCGUCAGGCGUGCGACCGCCGCCUGCGAUGAUACCCGCAACGGGCCACCGCCACACGACGGCGCCAAACCUAGUGGAUUCCAGCAUUGCUGAGACGCCGUCGAAAGCGCCACAGGCGAAACCUUUUUCUUCGGAUGCGGUGCGGAGGAGGAUUUUUGCGACCCCGUUAAAGACAGCGGGCCCUGCUCCGGACGCGGGACUCGAUGAAGCAGCACCGCAUGUGUUCGAGACGCCCGCCAAGGCCCUCGACAGUCCUCCGUGCAACAGUAUCACGGCUGGGCCUCGCGAUGUUGCUGCAACGCCCACCAAGUCGGUUGCCGUGGCGGCGCGUGAAGCUGGUGUGGAUCCUUUUGCCGGGCCGUCGAUAUACGACGCGUUAGGAUGGGACGACGAUGAGGACGACGGUUUUGUAUAG